AUGAAGAAACUUAAUAAUUAGAAAAAGAAGUAUAUUUAAUAAUUAUUAUUAGUAUAAACUUGAGGCCUAUCCAUUUAAUUUUUGUUUUGAGAGAAAUACUAUUGUUUUAAACUAUUUUAAAAAAUAUUUUCUAUAAGCUUAUAAAAUAGAAAUAAUUCAAAGGUAUUUUGCUAGAGCAUUCUUAAAAUUAUAAUCCAAUUCCACAAUAAUUCUAAAUAGUUUCAAAUAAUAAAUAUAACGCAAAAAAUAAUCAAUAAAGAGAUAAAAGCAGCAUCUUCCAAAAAAAAAAAAAAACGAGCAACCUUAUGAAAAAAUUCUAAAAUCCUUUGACAAGUUAAUUUAGAAAAAUCCAGAAAAAUUAAAUUUAUAUUUUAAAAAAGGUAAUUAUUUACAAUUAUAUAGCAUGUGUUUUAAAUAAAAUGAAGAGACAUCAGGAAGAAUUAUAAUUAUACGAUUAUAUUAUUAAGAAAAAUCCUGACCACUACAGAUCAUAUUUUAGAAAAGGCAUUAAAUUAUUUAUUUUAAUAGCAAACGUCUUAAACAAUAUGUUUCGACAUGAAGAAGCAUUACAAUAUUAUGAUUUCGUUAUUUAAAUUAAUCCUUAAGAAAGUAAAACAUAUAGCAGAAAAGGUAUAUAAUUUCUUCAAUAAGCUAAUACUCUAUUCAUCAAAUCUAUUAAAUCCUUCAAUAUACAAUAUGAAGAGGUACGAUGAAGCAUUGAAAAAUUAUGAUUAUGCUUUACUUAGAAAUCCUUUAGAUUAAUAUAUCUAUUUUCAUAAAGGUAGAUUAAUUCAAAAUUUAUAUUUUAGCUAAUACUUUAAAAGUAUUAAUUUAAAAUAAUAUCUACUAUAAAUGAAUCGCUUAUUGGAAUCUUUAGAAAUCUAUGAUCUUAUCAUUUAAGAAAAUCCAAAUAAUUCAGAAUAUUAUUACUAAAAAGGUUUUUCAUCUUUAAUAUUCCUAGGAAUUGCAUUAGAAAAAUUGAAUUGUUUUGAAUAAGCAUUGGAAUCUUAUGAUUAAGCAAUUGAGAAGAAUCAGAAAAAUUCUUCUUAUUAUUUCUAAAAAGGUUGAAAUAAUUUUAUAUUUGAAGCAUAUACACUAGAAAAUAUGAGUCGUUUUGAGGAAGCUUUAGAAUAAAUAGAUUUUGCUAUUGAAAAAAAUCCUAAAGAAUCUUUUUAUUAUUUUAGAAAAGGUUUUUGUAAUCAAUAAUUCCUUAGCUAGCAUUUUAGCAGAUAUGGAUCUUUUUCAAGAAGCAUUAGUAUAUUAUGAUAAAGCGAUUGAAAUAAAUCCUGAAGAACAGCAAUAUUAUUGUGAAAAAGGUUUGUAUUUAUAUUUUCUUGUAAAGGGUUUACAUUACAGUUUUUGAAUCAAUUUGAAGAAGCUUUAUAAUCUUUUGACCAAGCCAUCCAAAAAGCUCCUGAAGAAGCAGAAACAUUUAAUGCAAAAGGUAUGAAUACAUAAAAUUCUCAAGCAAAUUUACUAAAAGAUUUGAAUCGAUAUGAAGAAGCCUUAGAAUAUUACGAAUGUGCUAUUAAAUGCAAUCCUGAACAAUCUAUUUAUUAUUAGAAAAAAGGUUAAAAUAUCAAAAAAUUAGUUUAUAGCAAAGGUUUUAUGUAAUUUGAAUCGUUUUGAAUAAGCAUUAUAUUUUUAUGAUUGUGCUAUUUAAAGAAAUCCAGAAUAAUCUAAAUAUUAUACUUAGAAAGGUUUAAAUUAUUAAUUAUUGAUAAUAGCUUAAACAUUGGAUUCAUUAGAACGUUUCGAAGAAGCUUUAAAAUUUCAUGAUUAUGCAAUUUAGAAAGCUCCUUAGGAUGAAAAACCGUAUUAUUUUAAAGGUUAUAUUGAUUUGACUUGAGUAGCAAAUACUUUAGAUAACAUGAAUCGAUUUUAAGAAGCUUUGUCAUAUUACAUUCUUUUAAAUGAAAUGGUUCCAGAUAAUGAUACUCCAUUUUAUGCUAAAGGUUUUCAAAUGACAUUUAUAUAUUAAGCAAACUCAUUAAUUAAUAUGAAUCGCUUUGAAGAAGCUCUUUAAGCUAUAAACGAUGCUAUUAAUCGAAAUUCAGAAAUCCAAGAUUUUUUNUAUACAAUAUGA